AGCUGCCAUACACAGUGUAAAUUGGGUAAGAGACAGGCCAGACAUUAUAAAUGGCAAUAAAAUUGAAUAUUUUCCUAAUUUAGAACAUAGGAAAAUACCUUAUAUACAAUUAUCUUCACACAGAGAAUCUAUGAUUAG